CACUCCAUCCUCUGCUGCUCACUCGCACUCAACAACCUGGACUGCUUCCUCUCCCCGAUCACAUCUCCAGACCACCGGAUCGCGCGCGCGCCGCCAGGUACCGAGCGCCGGCCAUGGCGGUGCAUGGCGGGUACACGGAGCACUUCGUGGGCAGGGUGUCCAGCCUGGCCCGCCGCGUCUCCCGCGCCACCCGCCGCCUCCUCCGCCACCGCCUCCGCUACGGCGUCAGCGCCUCCUCCUCCUCCUCCUCAUCGCGCAGGAAGACGCGACCCGUCGUCGACCCCGCCGGCAGCGGCGGCGGCGGCGUCGCCGAAUCGCGGCGGCAGCCGGCGGGCGGCGUUGUGCCGGCGGCGGACGGCAAGGGAGACGUCGCCGACGCCGACGCCGAGAACGAAGAGGACGACGGCAUCUGGCGGCGCGCGAUCCUGAUGGGGGGCCGGUGCCAGCCGCUGGACUUCGCGGGGGCGAUCCACUACGACAGCUUCGGCCGCCGCCUGGCGCGCCCGCCCUCGGCGGCGCCGCGCUGCGCGUCGUCGCUGUCGUGCCGCUCCUCCGACAGCCUCGCCACCUACCUCGAGACCACCGAGGUGUGAUCCAUGGACGGGGCUGCACGCCGUCGAUCUGCUUCUUCUUCUUCUUCUUCCGUCGUUCGAUUGCUGCUCCGGCCCGCCCGAAUCAUAAGAGAGAGAUGUGUGGCGAUCGCGCGUUGCUAGCUACAAUAGAUUCAUUAGCAGUAAUUCGGUCUUUCUCUGGCUAGGUUUUUUGUUGAUUAAUUUGCACAUAAUGAGUAGAACGAUUCUUUCUCGUUCCAAUAUUUUUUUGACGCGAUUGUUUCCGGGCUUAUAAUUAAUGAGUAACAGAAGCACCCGCGUGCGAUUUGUUCCUG